UCUCGUGCUGUCUCCGUAGCAACACGCGCCGUCAGCUUCCUCGCACAGAAGACAGCAUGAGUCCGAGGAUGCAGGACAGCACAGGUUGCUGGAAGACCCGGUACACCGUGGCUCUGCUGAGCCUCAUGGGUCUGGCCAUCAGCUUCAUGACGCGCGUCAACAUCUCUGUGGCCAUCGUCGACAUGGUCAACGAGACGGCGCUCGAAGAACGCGCUCUCAGAUCCAGCGACGCCUUUCACUUCGGUGCGGCGGUCAGCAGUAGAGACGACCCAGAUGUGUGUCCAGGAAGGCUGGUGCUGAAGAAUCAAGCUGGUGGCAGGAACGGGGAGUUCGCGUGGGACAAGCAGAAGCAGGGGGAGAUCCUGGCGGCGUUCUACUACGGCUACGCGGCGGGUCACAUACCUGGUGGGCUUCUGGCUGACCGUUUCGGCGGCAGGAUCGUCUUCGGGAUCGGCAUAUUCCUCUCGUCCCUCCUCACCGUCCUCACACCGAUUUCGGCGUGGACCGACGCCUAUCUUCUGUUCGCCAACAGGGUUGGACAAGGAUUUACGCAGGGCGGCAUAGUACCGGCUAUUCAAACGCUGACUUCCAGAUGGGCGCCUGACCACGAAAGGAGCAAGUUCUCUGUCAUUUUCCUGGGGAUGUACGUCGGCGUCAUCGCGUCGAUGGCGCUGACGGGUGCCAUGUGCGAGAUGGCCGGCGGCUGGCCGCUCGCCUUCUAUUCCUUUGGCGCCGUCGGCCUGCUCUGGUGCAUCCCCUGGUUCCUGCUGGUCGCCGACUCGCCGGCCAAGCAUCCAAGCAUCGACCCUGCCGAGCGCUGCUACAUCGAGGCCUACAUCCUGCCCAUCAACAAGAAGCGACUGCCCGUGCCGUGGAAGAGCGUGCUGACGACCCCGGCGCUGUGGGCCCUCAUCGCCAUCAUGGUGACCUUCGACUGGACCUUCUAUAUCUACAUCUCCUCACUGCCCCUCUACCUCGCCAGCGUCCUCCACUUCGAUAUGCAAAGUAACGGCUUCCUGUCGGCCGCGCCCCAUGUUAUAAGUGCGGGCGGCAGUCUGUUCUUCGGAUGGCUCACCGAUUUUGUGUUCCGGAAGGGCUACAUAUCCAAACUUCACGGAUUUCGCAUUAUAAACGGAAUGGGUACUCUGGUGCCAACAGCGACGCUGAUCGUGGUCUCGCAGGUGGGCUGCAACGCGCCUGUGAUCGUGGCUGUGCUGGCGAUCAACGGCUUCCUCAUGUCCACCAACUGCUCGGGGCCCUACAUGAACAUGCAUGUCAUUGCACCCAACUACUCCGGGACGGUUGUCGGCAUUGUCAACACAUUCGCCAACCUGACGGGGAUCGUCGUCCCGUAUAUUGUCGGCGCCUUCACCAGCGCCAAUCAAACACGGGCAGGCUGGAACAACGUGUUCUACGUGACUGUGGCACUGUCAGUGGUGGCAUACCUGGUGUAUGCUAUCUUCACAUCAGCGGAGGCUCAACCUUGGAACGAUCCUCCCUCAGAGAAAACAGCUGAAGUGAAACGCCAGGAUGGUAUUGAUAAUGUAACAUUCAACAGCGAGGAUGUGCGCCAUGGAGGACUGCGAUCUUUUGACACAUAGCUUUUGUAAUUUGUGCACCAACAUUCCUGAUUCAUUUGAUUACAUCAUGUGACAGACACAAAAAAGGAAACUCUGUAAUGCAAAUUGCUCACCUACAUCGCACUACAGAGUCCUUCAUUCAUCAAUUGAGGGGCUAGAAUUCUAAAGGAACAUGUCAUCAAUAUUUACAGACUUUAACAACUUUUAAUGCAUUGUAAAUGUAUUCUAAACUUAGUUCUUGUUGUGAUAAUUUGUGUUGAGGCAGUUGAUGUAUGCUAGACCCGAGUACCCAUGGGCAUCACCAACACUAAAUGGCUGGAGGGAAUGUCUCGUUAGAUAGCGUAUAGAUCACAAGGGGGUCUAAGCAGGAGGAGAAAUAAUAUGUAUAGACCAUAUUAGGCUAUAUGCUAUAUUUAGAUCAGUUUAAAACACUGUUGUUAAAUUCCUAUAAACUAGGCGUUCUACUACAUUGUAGUUGAAAAACUGAGUAAACUGGAAUACCUUUGUAAUAAAUAUUUACUUAGCGUCAUUCCUUUGAUUUGAUGGAAUAACAUUUUUCUGGAUACAUAAGCAGGAGACCCAGGUUCAAGUCCCAACCAUGGCACAAAUUUUAGUUCAUUGCUUCAACUUCUAUCCUUAUAGAAGAAUCAUUCUCUGGGUUUUUUUAAAAAAAAAGUCAACAAUGAAUAAAUAGCAAUUCCUCCUGACUAUGACUUUGUCAUUAUACAACACUGGACUGUAAGUGAUUGUUGUGUGGCAUCUGACUGUUAGCCAGCUACCACCUGGCCACCCCUCAUACAUACUUACAGCACAACCAAACAGAUUCAUGUUUAUCUAACCUGCUGCCUCAUCACUUGUAGUCACGCCACCACAAUUCAUUGAAACUAGGAAUAUUGUCUUUUUAGUGAAUAAUACAAAUGGAUCUGAUCUAGUAGAAUGUUA